ACAAACAUCAUUUUCUUGCUGUUUUCCGUGUUCCAAAAAACAAAAUAAUAUGGAUCAUGAUCAGGAAAAAGAAACGGUUCAAAGUACACCUUCUCCAGCAGAAAGUAAAGAAAAUGUUGAUCUCCCGUCUUCUUCGAAGGAAGCUAAUACGGAUGAGCCGGUAGUAGAGAAUCGUGACGAAACUGGGUCUGAUACCAACAAUGGAGGCGACGAUGAGGAGAAGCUGCUGGAGAAAAUCGAAACAUUGAAAGGUGAUCGGAUUGGAGAAACAAUGUACUCGGAGCGAUUCGUUCUCUCUACCAUUCUGAAGCUUUCACAGCGGACCGACAAGUUAUUGGAGGACGAGGAAGAGUUCGAGCGGGAUCUAUGCAACCUAUGGGAUAUGACGAUCGAACCGGAUGUCGUGCGGUUUUUGCUUCAGCAGGAAGUAAUCGAACUGUUCCUUGCGCUCGCCACAAACUCUACGGACUACAGACUGAUUGAGAUUCUGUUCGGAAUCAUUGGAAACAUGUGCUGUGUCAGUGAAAUGCACGACUAUAUUUACCACCACAGUGAGCUCCUGCUAAAUCUAUGCGAUUUUCUCACGUUGCCGGAUGCCCCGGUGCUGGUCCAACUGAUGCGCACACUGACGACACUUUUCGAUCGAUCGGACGACGAGCAGUACCGCUGGUUUGACGUGAUGCGAAAGGUGGACAAUCUGGUAGAGAAACUGGCGGUUUUGCUUGCUACCAGCACUAACCGGGCGUUACUUGAGCAUACGGUCGAAACGAUAAACGCUAUGGUAAAUCGGUUCACCGAGGCAGAAAUGGACUACGCCCAGCUGAAGGAGUUUUAUUGUAUUUUUGCUAAAAGCUGCCUCCCUGAGGGACUGUUCGAAGCAUUCGGGCAACUUUAUCCUGCAAAGGGCAUAGAUGCAACCGGCACAGACACCAACGGAUUCGAUGAGGAUCCACUGACGCUUAAGGAUCUCAAAACGAUGCGUCGCUUAUUGGAGGUUCACGAACACUUCAUAGUGAACGCCAACGAAUUGUACGAGUCGCACGUGGAGGAAGUGGUACAGUGCGUUUACCGCGUGCUCGUAUCGUUCGUCGGCGAAAGUAUGCUUUUUCCACUGACGAAACAUCACGUCGCCAUGUUCGUGUCGAUCAACAACAUUUACAGCGGAAUAAUGUACCACUUCCACUGCGAGUCCUUCGUCUGUAUGGUUCGCAUCUACGAAAUGUUGUCGAAGGCAAUGAAGGCAAACAAUGAGAGCACAAUGGAGCACGAUCAAGAACAGCCGGAUGGUGGCGAAGAAGAGUUCGAUGCGGAAACGGCAUGUGCCGAGCUGCUGGAGGUGUUAUUCUAUCUUGUCGGCCCUAUUGACGAGCAGAUCAUCCGUGGUGCCGUGCUGGGAAGCAACCUAAAUCCCACUACAAUCGAUCAGCUCUGCCGGGGUAUGCGGGAAGCUAUGGACGGAGAUCCACUACUGUAUCAGACAUGUACCAAGUUAAUGAAUACCGUCACCCUCACCGAAAAUGCCCCACAAUCGCUUCACACGAACGGACACGAACAAGCAGAGCAGCCACCAAACGCAGACUAAAAGUUCAUCCCUCAGGAAGGAUGUUUGAAUUAAUAGGAAGAACGUAAUUUUAAUGUAACAAUUAUUAUAUUGUAAUACUG